AUGAUUGUCCUCUUAAUGGGAGCUGUGGUUGUUCUGGCUACUUGGGUUUUCCAGAUGAGGCAACCCAUAGAUGUUCUGGAGAAAGCCAGUAACUCCCAAGGGCCCAAAAAUGGCACAGCAACAGAAAAUAAGUCCAGCCUGGAGAACUUUGUGACUUACUUACGGCAGUUUUUGUGCAAACCACUGGACAAAGAAGUAACAGAGAAUUCUAGCUGUAGACUGUGUCCUCAGAAUUGGUCCCUUCAUGAGAACAAGUGCUACUGGGUCUCCAAAGAAAGACAAUCAUGGCACAAGGGGAAGGAAGACUGCACAGCCAAACUGUCUCAUAUGCUGGUGAUAGAGAAUCAGGAAAAAGUGACUUUUAUACAAAGCAUCACUGAAGGGGCACAGCUACUCUGGAUUGGACUAGAAGCCACAUUGGCUGAAAGGAAAUGGACCUGGAUAGAUGGCUCCCCCUUAGAUGACAAACUAUUUCAAGACCUGGGUCCAGUUGAAGCAAAUCGCUGUGGAAGACUGAAUGGAAAUCAAAUCAUUUCUGAAGUCUGCAGUACAAUAGCCAUGUGGAUUUGUGAGACAAAUGCUCUCCAAAUAUAA